AUGGCGGAAGCUACUACCAAUGCUCCACCGACGGCUACUAAUGCCACUACUUUCACAUUCGAAGAGCAGGCUACGAGUUCCUUGGCGCUUUACGGGAUGUCGAUUUUCUGCAUAAUAAUUGGAUCCAUUCAUUCGGCCAAGUACAUUAGAAAGCAAAUCGAUAAGAAACGUCUUAUUGAAGGAUCUAUCACCAUGAGAGAAGCGAGAAAAUUUCCACUUUCCGCAUCGAUCGUUCUUUUUGGAUUAUAUCUUUUCUUCAAGCCUGCCAAUGAGAGAUUCACAUGGAUUGCGGGAGUCGCUCAAACGUUGAGAGUCCCUGAUGAAUAUGUUCAAAAGAUUAACAGCACCAUUAUCAGUUAUACCGCCAAUACAACUGCUUCUAAUGAACCCGCCGAACCACUAUUAGUUCGUUUGUCAGCAAAGCUGCCAUUGGAAAGGAUUCCAGAAGCUGUCCAGGAAAUCGCUCUUUGGGUCUAUGGAGAAUUACCAACUGUUGGCAAGACUGAGUGCAUGGUAUUUUUGACUUUCCUCAUCUGCUUCGAAGGAGUCAACGCCUUCGCUUCUCUUAUCAAACCGCUUAUCACGGGCCUCUUCAAAAAGUUGCCAUUGGUUCCAUCCUGCCUCAGAUUCAAUCCUCCUUACUUGUUUUCUCUCAAAAAGGGCAAAAAGGAGAUGGAGGAAGGAGAUAUUGAAGAAGCAAAAAAUAAGGAUACCGAAUACUUGUUCAAGAUUGACUUUGAUCGUCAUGAUAUUAUUGCAUUUUUGAUUUGCUCACCGAUUUUGAUUUCGCACUUGUACAAAAGACAUUGGAUCAGCAACAACAUUAUCGGCGUCAGCUUCUCCAUUUUGGGUAUCGAACGUCUCCACUUAGCCAGUUUCAAGGCUGGUGCUCUCCUUCUCUGUGGUCUCUUCCUCUACGACAUUUUCUGGGUCUUCGGAACGGAUGUGAUGACCUCGGUAGCAAAAGGAAUUGACGCUCCGAUUCUUUUGCAAUUCCCUCAAGAUAUUUAUCGUAAUGGAAUUAUUGAAGCUAGUAAGCACAGCAUGCUUGGACUCGGAGACAUCGUUAUUCCUGGGAUUUUCAUUGCUCUUCUCCGACGGUUCGAUCUUCGUGUUGUUCAAAGCACUGCUGAAUCUAAAGCUCCCCCAGCUUCUCAGAAAGGACGCUAUUAUUUCUUGGUGACAGUGAUCGCUUAUAUGGCUGGACUUUUCAUCACAAUGGCGGUUAUGCAUCACUUCAAAGCUGCUCAACCAGCUCUGUUAUACCUAGUACCUUGCUGCCUGAUCGUACCUCUUCUACUGGCCGCUAUUCGUGGGGAAGUUUCGGCUCUUUGGAACUACGAUGAGGGAAAACAUGUCGAUAACGAAGAGAAUAGGAAACGAGUUGACUCGGGAAAGAAAAAUAACUAA